AUGCGCCAGACUCUCCGUCGAUCCUGCGGCGCAUGUGCCAAGUCCAAAAGUAAAUGUGACCUUCGCACGCCACAGUGCUCUCGGUGUGUCAAACGAAGCAUUCAAUGCAUCUAUGCAAACGAGCCUUUAACGGCGACAGUGGCCGUAGCCGAACGCCAACGUCAACAACUAUCAAUGCCAUUGAGGAUCUUUGAGAUACGUAAAUUCAGUUCCGUGGACCCUUUCGACUCCUAUCCACCGACAAGACUACCUCGAGAACACGCUCAGCGCCUCAUUCACACUUUCCUCACUAAGAUCGCUUUCCAAUACUAUCCUCUGGAUACGAAUACAAGCUCGAAUCCGUUUCUGGUGUCCUGGUGGCCACUUGCACUAGGUGAUUCAGCAUUGUUCCAUGUGUCGCUGCAGACCGCAUGCCUCGAUGAGGAAUUGCUGGCCCAGAAAGGCUUCCAGAGUUCUGAGCUUCUCAUGGCCGACUCUGUUGCACUACUCCGACGGAAAGUCCGCAGUCAAACGCUGGCCGUACAGGAUGGAACAAUGAACUCAGUCAUCACCUUGGCUGCCAUAGAGUUUGGCAAAGGCAACGUCAUGAUUAGUCGAAUGCAUAUUGAUGGUGUAAAAAGGAUGGUUGAUACGAGAGGCGGUAUCUGCAGUGUGAGGCAGACCAGUCCGCUCACUGCGAGAAUGGUCAGUUGGGUGUCAAUGCUCCUCACAGGUGGUCCUCAAUUCGAGACCCAGGAUGAUUACGGCACUGGACGCGGUAUACCCUCCGUCCCGGAAUGGUGUCUCGAUCCACCUAUUCGUCGACUCGAUCCGUCGUACUUUUCGGAUCUAAUGACGGACAAAGCGGUCUGGAACGUGUUCAUUCGCCUCCGCAACGUUUUUGAAAGAGCACAAGUUGUGCCGCUCUCUACUACCAAACUCCACGACCUCACAUGUUUUGUGCUUCACCGACUCUUGCCUGCAAAUCCUGAUUUGACGACCCUUGUCGGUUCUCCGGUUACAGAGUGUAUGCGCUAUGGCAUCACUCUUUACAUGCUUGUCAUUCAUGGGACGACAUACUAUCCACAUACAUUCAUGCUGGACCAGAUCCUAAGCCGUUUCGAGACUCAGUUGGCACUAUUGGAAACAGAAUCUCGGGCACAUGAUUCAGUGUAUAUAUGGCUCCUUACGACAGGUAUGGCGGCUUCGGUUGGUACCAAGCAUUAUCACCUGCUCUUUGGAAGGGCAAGAGCUAUUGUUGCGUCCUUACGACUAUGUGGAUGGGACGAUGUUGCUACGCAUGUCCGGAAUGUGCUUUGGCUGGAGAUAUCGCAAGACGAACAGUCAAUGCGGUCUCACUGGGACUUUAUACGUUGCUGA